UGUCUUUAGGCUGCUGGCCACGAGCAAUUGAUGUCUUUUCCCCCUCGAUUAUCACAAGAAGGCAGGAGCUGGGGGUCUUUGGGGGGAGUUUAUGGAGGAAAGCCGGCAGUUUCCCCCGCAGGGGGAGUUUGACCGAGCAGCAUUCUAGUUCACAUCGAGACAAACACUGAAAUAAAGAAGGAAGCAAAGAGAACGGAGGGAGAGGAACAAUCUGGGUAAGCAACGUUCAUAAGCUCUGGAUGGAUUGGAAUGGGGAGACUCGCCUGCUCCAUGAGGCCGGGACACUCGGCGAAUGCUGGUUUCAUCAUUAAAGCGCUCCUCCUUCUCCUGCUUUGUAGACAUGCUUAUUCCCACUGCAAGAUCUUGCGCUGCAACUCUGAGUACGUGGCCUCCACGCUCAACUUGCGUGGCCCCAACAAGCACGCCAGCUACUGCAACACCCUGCGCUCCUACUCCCGCUGCACGCGCAAGACAGCCCGCACGUGCCGCGGGGACCUCGCCUACCACUCUGCCGUCCACGGCAUCGAGGACCUCAUGAUCCAGAACAAGUGCUCCAAGGAGGGCCCCACUUCGCCGCGGCGGCCCCCCGCGCCGCCCCCUGGCCACCAGGGUUUGGAACCCCCCGAGAUCUGCGAUUAUGAGAAGAGCUUUUCCCGGAAGCACAACAGAGCCCCCACUUACCAGCACUGUGCCACGUUCGGGGACCCCCACGUACGGACCUUCAGUGACGAGUUCCACACGUGCAAAGUGGAAGGUUCCUGGCCGCUCCUGGACAACAACUAUUUGUUCGCUCAAGCGACGAGCUACCCCGUCUUGAAAGGAUCAAACGCGACAGCUACUAGCAAGCUCACCAUCAUAUUCAAGAACAUGAAGGAGUGCAUAGACCAGAAAGUCUACCAGGCGGAGAUCGACAACCUGCCGGCGGCUUUCGAGGACGGAUCCACGAACGGGGGCGACAAGCCCGGAGGGAAAAGCUUGAGCAUCCACGAGCGCACACCCGGGCAGCACGUGGAGAUCCUCGCCACGUACAUCGGCACCACCAUUGCCGUGCGCCAGGCAGGGAGGCAGCUCUCUUUCUCCAUCCGGGCGGCCGAGGACGUGGUGCGCUCCUUUACGGAGGAGCAGGACCUCCAGCUGUGCGUGGGAGGCUGCCCGCCCAGCCAGCGCAUCUCCCAGACCGAGUGCUGCUGCAGCAACGGGGCCAUCCCUGCGCAGGAGGCCCAGCUCCUGUGCAAGGAGAAGCUGCCGGUGGAGGACGUCUACUUCCAGUCGUGCGUCUUCGACGUGGUGACAUCGGGAGACGUCAACUUUACGCUGGCUGCGCACGCUGCCUUGGAGGAUGCCAAAGUCUUCCACCCGGACGCCAAGAAGCACCACCUCUUCCAAAGCGAUGCAGCUUGCCUGUCCAGGGGCUCGGCCUUCCUCCUCACCAGCACGCUGGUCCUUUCAGCAUUGCAUCUACACUUCUGAAGGUUUCUGGGGACUGGCAGAAAGUUGUAUGGUGCUAGUUUGAGAGGAUAGCGAACGGGUUUGGCUCCCCCAGAAACAUGGCUGUCGGCAAACAUGGGACAGGGCAAACUGUAAAGCUGUAAGAAUCUGGGAUGGAUGGAGAUUAUGUUUAGAAACAGGGCACCCUGCCCUUCCAAGCUUUAUUGGGGAGAGGAAAAGCUGAGAGUGGAAAUGGACAAAUCUGUUGAUUUUGACCUCUCCGCUCCUCAUUUCUCAAAUCUUAAGUCCAGCAUGUCACACUUCCACAUCAUUUUUUAUUUAUUUAACAAAUCCUCGUGAAAAUCCGUCAGCGUUUUGGUGAGAAUUUCUCCUAAUAUGCACUUUUUGCAGGCAAUUAAUAGAUAUGCAGUCUUGUACACUAUUUUACCAAAGUAUGCACACUAGCAGAUACAUAUUUGUGCACUUUUUCUUUGUUAGACAGCCGCGUCGCAAAAUUUGGAGAAGUGUGGGUUUCAAAUGACACCUGUGCUUCAGUUGGCGUAUCGUUUUAGGAAAUGGUGGUGCAAGUGGGAAAUAGAGGGCGGAACAGAGAAUUAUGUCUGCUUACACUCUUACUGUGCGUGCCCCAUGUUCUGCCCGACACCCUGUUAAGCUCUCCUGCUCGUCUCAGGUACAGCGAAGGACAUGGCGCCAUCGCUAGCAUUGAAGUAAGAGUCAACUGCCAAUCCAACAGCCUUCUCUACAUGAACCAGAAGGGGGACACCAUCUUGGGUUUUG